CCGCAGCUGCUGCUGAUAUCGUUUGAAACAAGCGGGCGUCCGCAAUCAUCGCUGCCGACGUCGUCGUCGUCGUCGUCGGUGUCGUCAUCAUCGCCGUCGCAAUCGGUUCUCUGCUCGUUUUGUUUUCGGUGCCGUCGCGACGUCGCAUCUUCGCACAGACAGAGCACAGGCGAAGCGCUGUUUUUCGCUCCUAGGGCCCAAUCACUAGUCGAGAUUUCGCUCUUGGUCCCAGUUCUACUCGGUAUUCGCGGAUUGUCGCAGCGCUAAAUCACUUUGGUGUUGCUCAGGUGGGAAAACCAGCCAGCAUAGCUCCACACACAGACAGAGCGCGCUAUGUGCAUAUUUCGGUUGGAGAAGGCACUUCCGGUGGAAAGGAAAAUAUUUUGCCGUGGCGUUGGCAAUUGAAUUGAAAGCGCGUGAAAGCAGUGCGGGCAGUGAGAGACGGUUUUUUGCGCGCUAAGCGACUGGAGUUUCAUUUUUUUCGUGUUAUUGUUAGUUCAUUGUGGUGUUAUCCCGAUCAGGGUAAGUGUGAGAAAGGAGGAAACGGAAGAUUACUAUCUAAUCAGCCAUCGCCGCCAACGGAGAAAGGCGAUCAUAAAUUUCAGAUAGUGGGUGGUGUGUGUGUGACACGAAAGCAUAUUAAAGAUUCUUACUUUCUUGCCGUGCGGUGAAGGCUCUAUCAAAAGCAGCUCGAGACGAGCAGCUUACCACCGCCAACCCAAAGGGGGAUCAGAGAUUGGUGAUUAUCCCUGUGCUAGAGAAGACAUACGUGUACAGGAAAUUGGUAAUGAUUACGGUUUGGCAUCAGGUGUGAUCUAUGGGGCCCGUGCUCCAAGAGUGGCUUUGAUGAGCAUAGGUGUUUAUCGUGCUUCGGACGGCAUAUAGUCGCUGUUCUGUUGGCAAGGAAAAUCUCAAGAAGCCGCUCGUCGCGCUCUAGUUUCCGUUGUGUUCCUGAGAGUUUGCUAUCACGGUACGGUUUUAAUUGAUGUAGAAAAGAAUUUUCCUUUUUGUGGCGCCUGACAUUCGCACUUUGUGUUUGUGUGUGCGGGUUUUUUUUUGUUGUUGUAUUCUAUCAAGUGUGAAGCACUGGAAACGGAAAUAAGCGGGCAGAAGUCACGAUGUGAGCGAGGGAAAGCAAAUCGGGGCCAUCAGUGACGGCUAAAAGGCAGCCUCGUGCUGCGUCGCAACUCCUUGGCAGUGGUGUAGGCAAGGCCAGACGCAAAUAGCGAAAUUCCGUGAGUCGCAACAGAGGGAAAGGGAAGUGAAAAACCUGUGCCCCAGUGUCGUUCUGGAUCCACAAGGAGAGUGUAUCCGAGUGAAGGUCGUUCCAAGGCGAAAAAGUUAAUUUUUCCACUGUGUGUUCCAGUGCUCGGGAAGAAGGCGCCAGCGGCGGAAAGGCGGAAUCCCAAGGACACGCUGUUUGGGCAGCCCACAAAUUUUUCAUAUCGAUAAAAGAUCACCCCCCACAGGCGCCUACAAACGACGCGAACAAGCAAACAUCCGGAACAAGCCAAGGAUGGAGCCUCUCGUCUCGUUCGUCGGGUCAGCACCGAACGACGGGACCAUCACCAGCCGGCGCUAGGCGGCUGCGUUGGGUCGAUAUUGUUCACAGCGUGCAAGCAAACGCAAGGAUCUUCCAUGAGGGCGGCAAUUGCCGGGGCGGCCCCACCGUGGAACGGCAAUCAUGAUGACUAUCGCGAAGGUGAAGUUUACGCGAAAAUUAAUGACUAUCAGGUCUAAAUUGAAGCAUCAGUGAGCACGAUCCGGUGGAAUCGGAUGAAUUGUGUUGUGCCGAGAGUGCACAUAAAUGUUGUUAUUAAUAUAAAAAAAAAUAUAUAUACACACAGGUGGAGAAUACAGCGAAAGUUUUUGCAGUUUAUCGGUGCAGUAGAACCGGAAAGUUCAAAAGUGAUGGGUGUAAUUCAAAAUAAUCGUCCUGCAGGUGCAAACGGCAGAAGAUGAGGGAGGGCGCGACUACACGUUCCGGCACAUGAGUGGGUGUUCAUUAGCAAUAAAUAUAAAUUUCAAUUGAGUGCAAAUCAGUCGCAGGUGGAGGCAAAAAAAAAGGUUCAGUUGAGUGUGAAAUAAUUGAAAAGUCGUGGUUGUGAGUUUAAAAAUAAUAGGUGUUUGUGAGCGUUAUAUCGAUCCUCGGUAGUAGAUCCACUUGGUCUAAUUUAGUGUGAAAUAGCUUUUAGGCAGGCUUGCGUGCUCCAGUUGCUGUGUGUGUCGUCGUGUACGGUGUAUGAUGAAUCCUUCCAACGAUGAUCUAUCGAAAUAUAUGUAUUCAGCAUCAGCAUCUUCCUUCUCCCGGUCAUCUUUCGCACAGGACAGUUCCACCAGCGGUGGUGGCGGUGGGAUCGGACUGUUCUUCAACGGUACAAGUUCGGCGCUGGCCUCGGCCGCCGGUUCUUCCUCGGCAGCGGUUUUUGGAAUCGGUUCGAACGCGGCUCUUGGAACGGGUCCUGGUCGAGGCGGCGGAUCAGUUGAUUCAGUCGGGGGUAACAUGAUCCUCCGGGGGUACAGCACCAGUGCACCCUCGCUCGAUCCGAUGGAAAUCGCUGGAACCGAAACCGUCAUUGACGAAAGCAUUGCCAGCGGCGAAUGGCUGGACGUCGUGCUGUUAGUCCUGAAGGCGUCGAUUAUGAUGUUCAUCAUCGUGGCUGCCAUUUUUGGCAACCUGCUCGUCAUCAUAUCGGUUAAGCGUCAUAGAAAAUUAAGGGUCAUUACGAAUUAUUUCGUGGUAUCACUCGCCAUGGCCGAUAUUAUGGUGGCGAUGAUGGCCAUGACAUUUAAUUUUAGCGUACAAAUUACGGGAAGUUGGAAGUUUGGAUCCUUCAUGUGCGAUGUGUGGAACAGCUUGGAUGUGUACUUCUCAACCGCCAGCAUACUGCACUUGUGUUGUAUUUCAGUGGAUAGGUAUUAUGCGAUAGUGAAACCACUUAAGUAUCCGAUAAGCAUGACAAAACGAGUCGUAGCCAUAAUGUUACUCAAUACCUGGAUAUCACCAGCACUGUUGUCAUUCGUACCGAUCUUCGCCGGUUGGUACACCACGGACAAGCACAAGGAGGAUGUGCUCAACAAUCCGGACAGCUGUCUGUUCAUCGUGAACAAACCGUACGCCGUCAUCUCCAGCUCGAUCUCGUUCUUCAUCCCGUGCACGAUCAUGGUGUUCACCUACUUCCAGAUAUUCCGCGAGGCCAAUCGGCAGGAGAAGCAGCUGGCGUUGCGCCAAGGUACUGCCAUGCUGAUGCAUCAGCACAACACAGGAGGGGGUGGGGGAGUGGGGAGCAGCAGCGCAGGCGGCGGCACCAACGGAGAAGCCCUUAGUGGAUCCGGUUCGUCGAAGACGCUCACGAUGCACGAGGUGGACGCCGAGCAGACGCCCACUAAGGACCGUCAUCUGAUCAAGAUGAAAAGAGAACAUAAGGCUGCACGAACGCUCGGGAUCAUCAUGGGGACGUUCAUCCUCUGCUGGCUUCCGUUUUUUCUAUGGUACAUCAUCACGUCGCUCUGCGAUGCCUGUCCGAAUCCGGACAUCGUGGUCGCCCUAGUCUUCUGGGUCGGCUACUUCAACUCGACGUUGAACCCACUGAUCUAUGCCUACUUCAAUCGGGACUUUCGGGAAGCCUUCCGAAAUACCCUGGACUGUAUGUUCUGCGCCUGGUGGCGCCGGGAGACGUCUCCGCUGGACAUCAACGUGCGAAGGUCCAGCCUGCGCUAUGACUGCCGAGCGAAGAGUGUCUACUCGGAGAGCUAUCUGCGGCCGUCGCAGAACGAUCGCUUCAACAGUGAGGUCGGUGAGAGUCUCUAAUACCUCCUACCGGCAAAUCCUACCCGACAGUCCCGUGUGUGACGUUAGAGUAUCGAGUUCGUAGAGUUAAGGGAGAAAGCUAGAUUUAGCACGAAAAAUAACAACAACAAAAUGCAACACGGCUAAAAAUACCAAAAAUUAGAACAAAGACAAGCUAAUUAGAAUAAUUUAAUGCGGCUAAGUGAAUGGACGGCAAUCUUCGUUGAGAGUCCCAUUAGCGUGUGUGAACGAUGUUAGUUUCUUCCGCUCAAAUCUAGAAACGAGUACCGAAUGUACGGGGAGUAAACUUCUUCCAGUGACAGCAAGAGUUGUUUUUUUGGCGAAACUGCAAACGUGAAGUGUUGCUGGAAAAACCACACAGGAAAAAGCCACAAAAAUGACACACUUUUUGCGACACGGAAGCUCAGCAAAUAGACAAACAAACAAUGUGGAACGAAGUGAAUUUUUUUAUAUUUAUGCACUUGGAUUUAUUUCGUUUUUCCUCCAUUACAGAGCUUCUGGUUUUGCAGCUAGGAAGCGAUGGAGAGUGAGACAAACAAAAAAUAAAGCUCUAAUGGAUCGCGUUUCGACCGGAGGGCUGCCAACGAAGCGAAUCUCCGAAAUGGCUUCCUUCCGCAUUGUCAGUUUAGUGCGCCUCUCUACCCCAUCGUUUUGCAGAUUGUUGUCACAAGCACAAAAAGGAGAAAAAGCAAAAUGGAAACGAGAGGCAAGGGUUCAAAAAAGGGAAAAAAAUAUAGCUUUAACCAAAACAACUAAGUUACAUUUAAUUACCCGUUAGGGGGAAAAAAACCUUCGUCGUUCGUAGGUGGUCUCAUCUUGGGCGGAAAUGAGGCGGAGAAAGUUUUUCUACCCCACUUUAGAGUGAGAGUAAACGAGUGAAAUAAUUGCUAGUGUAAUUUUGUUGUGAGAACGAGCGUGCAUUUCAUGAGAUCCUUCCCAUUAGAGUGAACGGAUGCUAGGGAUAAGUGAAAAAAAAUAAGUAGUAAAAAAACAAACUAAGGUACACGCCAUAGCGGAGAGAUAGAAAUAUGAUUUUGUUAUUAAUCUCGGAUGUUUAUCAUGAGCUGAACGGUACGUGUUGAAUAGUUUAUGGUAAGGUUUUGUGAUAGUCUCAGCGUGUGACUUUAUGAUUCCGUGGUGCUAAAUAAACUCGCGAUUCAGUUCAGUUUGUUCGUUAUUAUUUCGUAGUGCAUAAUGUAGACCAACAGAGAUGAUGUCAUACUUAAGUUUCAGGUGCUAUCAAGUCAUUAUAAUUGCGCAAUUCAAGCUGGGCCAGAGUCUUCGUUUAAAUGUUAAAUGGUCAU